CGGAGGUCUACAGAGCAAAGAUGUGGUGUCGGCCGCUCCAGCAGGCGCUGCGGGCAGGGCUGGGCCCCGGCUUGGGGGCUGCGGUAACGCGGCCAUGGAGGGCAGAAAUACGGAGUUGUCGGUCUGCGAUGAGCGACUCGGGAAAGAGUCAGGGCGGCGAGCCCCCGGCCCCGCCCCCCGCUCCCCGGCCAGGCCGCGAAGUGAGUGCCGAACUGAUUGAGCACCUGGAGCGCCUGGCCCUGGUGGAUUUCCGAAAUCAGGAAGGUGUGGAGCGGCUACACAAGGCCAUAGAGUUCGCGGACCAGCUCCGCGCCGUGGAUACGGACGGCGUGUCACCCAUGGAAUCGGUGCUGGAGGACCGGUGCCUUUACCUAAGAACAGACGACGUGGUGGAAGGCAACCAUGUGGAAGACCUGCUCCAGAAUUCUCAGCAGACGGUGGAGGACUAUUUUGUGGCCCCCCCAGGUAACAUCACUCUACCAAAACUAAGUGAGCAAGACCCAAGCACACCAAGUUAACACCUGCUCUGGGGAAGAGUACUUUCAACUGGAAAUAAAGUGUAUCCACACUUGGGAAAGACUAAAGCUGAAAACGUUUCCGUGAACCAUGUUGACAUAAAUAAGCCUUUAAGACCCUUUUCUAUUCUCCCCUAAGCUCUCAUGAAGAUGGAGAGUGGGUUGAGAAUGGAGAACUGCUGAAGUGAGUUCCUGCUCUCUGUGAAGGAAACUGAGGAGGGGAACUGUGGACUUGGAAAAAAGCUCCCUAAGAAAUGGAUCAAAUAUUCACAUAGCUGUUGGACAUGUCCUUUAGUUAACUAAAAUCACCUUUGUCCCCGUUCCUUUACAUUGUUAAAAAG